CACACACACACACACACACAAAAGCAGAGAGGAGAAUGGAGGAUGAGGAGAGGACGCUGUGCGCUGCCAUGGCGCAGGUGGUGAGCGUGCGUGAGGAAGGAGGGGAGGCAGUGACGGCAGCGAUGGAGGUGAAGCGGUGGGAGGCGAGGCUGCCUCGCAAGUCCCCUCGCUUCCCGGAUAUGGUGUUGCCGCCUUCCUUGGUUCGCACAGGUCGCGUCGACAUUAGCGUGCACAGGUGUCCACGACGACAUGUGUCGCACUACCGAGACAUCUUUGGCCCAGACCUGGAGGUGGACAAGCUACUCAUCAUCCCCACCUUCAGGAAAACUGGAGUCGACUUGGUUGGCAUGGGCCCUCACGUGGAGCAGGAGAAGGACACGCUGCUGGAAGAGUUUGCGGAAGAAGCGGUAGCCGUGUGCAAGGCUUUACAGAGCCUCGGUCACUGGGCCGACUACGCAGACCCAGCCUCCGGCUUGCCGGCGCUUGGGGAGCGGCGGGCUGGCAUCUACCCUGAGGUGCUCGGCGCAAAGCACUUUCUCAAGUACGACACACUCAACGCAGGCUGCUGCCAGAUCUUGCAACACCCAAUCUUCGGCACCAAGGUAUACCCCGCCACGCUCUUCACCACGGCGCCGCUCGCGCUGCUGAUGGAGACGCUGGCAGCCGUCUACCCAGACUUUGAGCACCAAUCGCCCCCGCCACAUGCACCACCCGAUGCCACCGACGACGACAGCCAGCACCACCAAAAGGGGCACGAAGCAGAGAAGAAGGGAAAGGACGGGGAGCAGCAGGAGGAGAGGAGUGAGAAGGGAGCCUCACAGGAGGAAGACAAGGCAGCGCAGACACACGACACACCAUGACUGGUUUGCUGCUACAUUAUCGUGAUUGUGUAGGGGUGUGUGUGGGGGGGGGGUCUGUCUUUUGUAUGUGUUGUGAAGGGCGCACUGCGAUUGGUUUUAUUUGAUAAACGAGGCAGGAAACAAC